AUGGCCACCACAACCUCCUCCUCAGCACACUCCUCCUUUGCCCACCACCGGCCAUCAAACCUCUCCAUCGACAUGCCCAUUGCAACAUCCUCAGUCGUCAACAAGACCGCCUCCAGAUCUGCAUCCCUCUACCAGAACUGUCUCGAAACCAGGGCCCUGCUCAGAAGAGUCCCGGGCUUCAAGCAAGGCCCACUCGCCUACCGACCCCAACACCCCGCACUCCAAACACUCCUCCAAUCCACUUGA